UUUAUAAACUUAGUAGACCGGUCCUACAUGAAAUUCUUUUCUAGUGCUGUAAGCAUAGCAAAAUAUCGAUAUAAUUGCCCGGUACAAAGCAGUGAUAUUUGGUCGUUAGCCAACACUAAAUAGAAAAGUUGGGAAAACGUGCGAGAGAAGAUGACUGGACGUGAAGGCGGCAAAAAGAAGCCAUUGAAGGCGCCCAAGAAGGAGGGCAAAGAGAUGGACGAAGAUGACAUGGCGUUCAAGCAGAAGCAAAAGGAACAACAAAAAGCAAUGGAGGCGGCCAAACAACAAGCAUCCAAAAAGGGGCCACUUGUGGGUGGCGGCAUCAAGAAGUCUGGCAAGAAAUGAGAAGCAGAGAAGAAGCAGUCGUUGAAUUUGAAUUUGUCUGCCAACUUACAAACACACACAAACAAAGAAACACAAGUUGAUUUGCGAAUUGCAAUUUUGCUAAAAUGCAGUUUUUUGUCUAUUGUAUAAAUGACCCAAAUUGACUGUAGUUUAGCGGUUUAACAAUCAAUCGUAUCUUUUUUUAUACUUACAAUUAAAAAACAAACAAAUAGCCGAUUAAAUAAUGUAACAAAAAAA